AACCGUCCACCAUGGCCCCACGCACUAUGAUUGAAAGAUUCAAGGAGCGAAUUGCACUUGCUCCAGGAUUGCCAAACCCCAAUCCAACCACGUCCGCUUGGCAGGAACCACCAGAUUCAAUCGCGAAUAUCCAAUCGCCAGAUUUCCCCCAAGACACGGAUGUAGUCAUCAUCGGCUCCGGUGUCACAGGCUGUGGUGUUGCUCACACUCUUUUGAACCAUCCUGCUGGAUCUAACUUGCGUGUCACCAUACUGGAAGCACGCAGUGCAGUCAGCGGCGCCACAGGCCGCAAUGGGGGCCACAUUGUAUCAGAUACAGCCGGUCAUUUCCAAAGCCUCGUAGAUGGCCUUGGAGUUGAGCGGGCUGUACAAAUUCUCCGUUUCAGCGAGGCUAAUAUUCUUCGCCUCAAAGAAUUGGCAGCACAGCUCGAGGACAAGGAUCGUGACGCGGCUGAGUUGCGAUCACUCAUAUCCACUUCUAUCAUCAUGGAUAGAGAGACUCUGGAACCUCUGAAGCAGUCCCUGAAAUUGUUGAAAGAGGCUGUUACAUCCUGCACUUUGGAGCAAAAGGUUAUCGAUGACCAAGACGCGUAUAAGGGCGGUGUUGCCGUUUUCGAACAACAUGGAGCUGGCGCAUUGUGGCCAUAUCGCCUUUUAACAGCAGUCUUGCGAUAUCUUUUGAGGGAUUACCCGGACCGGUUUUCUCUAGAAACCAACACGCCAGCGACCUCGAUCGCCUGCAAUGGCGAAGGUUAUGUCAUCGAGACACCGCGAGGGUCUAUCAAGGCAAAGAAGGUCAUUCACUGUACCAACGGCCAUGCUACACACCUGCUUCCACAACUCACAGGCAGGCUGUAUCCGCUGAGAGGUACAAUGUCCGUUCACAGUCCUGGCCCUGCUUUUCCUCAGCUGGGAAGUGUUUAUUCAUGGACACAAAUGCAGAAGCAUGAAUACGACCCGGAGACUGGGAGAUUAUCGCCAGGUCUCUAUUAUGCUCAGCAAAACGCUCACACGGGUGAUAUUUGGAUCGGAGGAGAGAACCAGAGCCUCGAGACGAUGUUAUCAAGCGACGACUCCGUCAUCUCAGAUCAAGCGACGGAAAAUCUCUCCUCCAUCAUACCGAGAGUCUUUGUUGAUACUGAAGGCACGGAGAUGAAAAAGAUAUGGUCAGGUAUCAUGGGUUUUACGGCAGAUGGACUUCCAUUCAUUGGAAAAUUAGGGCCUGCAGUUACAGACAGAACAGGAGACGGUGAAUGGAUAGCUGCUGGAUUCAAUGGCCACGGUAUGGACAAAGCUUGGCUGAGUGGCGAAGCGGUGGCUCGGAUGGCACUGGGAGAAGAGGUGCCCGACUGGCUUCCAGCGGCAUAUCUGCUUGAUGAAAAGAGGCUCGAGAUUUGUACCAUGGACUUUGCAGCAGAGCAGAUGGCCGCUAUCUUUCCUUCUGCGUGA